CACUAAUAUUGCAUUCGAAGAAGGUUCUACUAUCUACAAAUUUACUCCUCUGAUAGAGAUACUCGAGAGUAUGGCGGAUGACCACGAUAACAGAGCCACCUGUUGCUCGUACUGCAAUACCCCUGGGAACCUUCCCUCUAUAAGAACCGACCCCGAAGUUGCAAGUUUGCCAGAAAAUCGCAGAAAGUAUCUUGAAAAUGACAAUAUCCCGAUUAACAAUCGUUUGGUGGAGUGCACGAGGUGUGGUACUUGCCGGUAUUGUUCAGUGAAAUGUCAGAUCCGGGACUGGGAAGAGCACCAUGGGAACGAAUGUCUCUAUUUUCGGUACACAAAGGAAAGAGGUAUCGCAAGCAGCACUACAGAAUGCUUGGUCUUACGGAUGUACUCCAUGGCCAAAGCCGAUACGGUAUUUCUUCAGCAACUUCUUAGCCUCACUUCCCAUGCGGAAAAUAUCUUGAGCGGAUCGAGCUUCGUUGCGUUACGGCAGGAAGCGUUUGAUAUUCUGAGUCACUUAAAUGGCUUCUAUGACAACUCUCUUCCACUUGACUUCAAUACCCUUGCCUGUCUCUCUUUUGUAAACUCUACCGUCAUGCAAAACACGUUUAUGGAGAGUAACGGUCAAAUGUUCGACCCCACCUUUGCCUUGGUCAACCACGGCUGCGAUCCCAAUGUGGGAGUGAUUUUCGAAGGCCGAGAAGUCACCUUAAAGGCAAUCAAAAAGAUUUCCAGUGGGGGAGAGUUGUUGGUAAACUACUGUGUUAUUGGUUUGCCAGCCGUGCUUCGGAACCAGGAUCUCGAAGAUCGAUUUUGUUUCCGGUGCAAGUGCAAGCUAUGCAUGGAGAAGUACGAUCGGUUCAUGUCAAUCAACUGUCCAAACUGUGGUAGCUUGGUUGGAGGCUACAACUUUCAGGG